UAGUGAUAUAGAACAAUGUCACAAGUGCAUUAUACUAUAUUUAUAGGAUGGCAUAUCCAUCCAUAGUAAAUGUAGCACAACAAAGUAAUACAUGUGCAUCAUAGGAUAGCAUGUACAUCCAUAGUUUAUCAUACUUUAUGUAGCACAUCAAAUUACAGUAAUACAUGUGCAUUAUGGGAUAGCUUAUACAUCCAUAGUUAACGUAGAACAACAAAGUAAUACAUAUCCGCUGAGUGUAAUACAUGAUGAUAUUUUCAUGGCCAACAUACAUGUACCAUCUUUUUUCUUCAGGUACACAGAAUGAAAUGUUCAACUGGACGAGCAGACUUGCUGUGUCCAUAGAUUAUGAAGACAAGUCUCUCAGCAGAGAACCACAGGUAACAAUACUUCUGCAAGUACAAUUGUUAGCUUAAUAGUAACAGGUGGUAUUGCACAUUUAACAAUUUGUGUACUCUCUGUACAAAGAGACCUUUGUAAAUUGUAGGUUUACAUUUUCAAUAGAACACACACAAUCUUGACCCCUCUUUGAAAAUAUUCUCAUAUUUGAUGAAAAUGUUUUAAUUCUUCUUUCUUAGGGUAGAAGACAGGACCUCCUCGAGGCUGACGUACUUGCCGACAGUAAUGAUGUGCAGGAUCUAGAGCACAGGUUCGUCGAGAAAGUCAAACAUGUCCUGGUGGAACACUUCCCCAGCAUGGCGACAUUCAAGGACAGGCUGAGAACCCCGUGCAGUCCUUUACCAGUUAAAAAAAGCACCAUUGUGCCUCUGCCCCUUCUAGACAAGGACGAGUCGAAGAAGGCAGACACAAUCGACAUCCUCCUAACGUUUGCUAAGGAACUGAACCUGGAGGAUCACAUGAAGGACCAGGUAUCUACUGCUAAUAAACAAUUUUUGGUUGAACUAUUAAUUAUGAUACAUGUAUCAGAAUUGUUAUAGGCUUGAGUACAUCACACCAGGUUGUCUACAUGUUUAACUGUUGUUGCUGUACAUGACUUGUGUAUUAUGUCUUUUCUGCUGCCACCAGGCUGUGGUGGGUGACCAGGCCUCAUGUAAGAACGUCAGGGGGGCCCGUGACUGGCGCCAGGGUGAGGAAGACCCAGUUGAGCGGUUGGACUGGGCAAAGGAAAGUCCAGGUGACUUCCACUUCAUCUGGGAAGCCUUGAGGACCGCCGCGAUUCCGACUUGGGGACUGCAAACAGAGGUGGGGUCACUGUCACAUUUAAGGGUAGUGAUUGGCAGGCUUAGAGCAGACAAAGCUUGCAAAAACUUUGCUUUGUCUGACGAGUUCUUCUGCCAUGUCACUACUGGACACCUUGUGGCUGCCCUGACAUCGUAUCUCGGACUGUCAGCACCCGAAGACUCCUACACCUGUGCCAACGCUGACGAGUUCGAGAGGCUGGCAUCCACCUUUGUCAACGAGGUAGUCUUCCCGGGACCAUGGACCCAAAACAGUGACGCUGUGCGAGACAGGGCGAGGCUACUUCUGUACAUGGGGUUGCUGUAUAUGGAUCUCAAGACGGCAAUCAGGUACCAGAUGGGGGAGAUCGUGAUACAGCAAUGGAAGUUCUGGUUUGAGCUGUUCCUUGGGACCAGACGCAGCCAAUAUGCCUGUGAGGCAGCAAACCUGCUGGCCAACCUCAAGGCUGAUUGGUCGCCGUACAUGGCCUACAUCCAUACACACAACAGGUGUGUCAACAUCAGUGGGCAGGAGGGCAGGGCCAAGCCUGUGGAUAUGAUGGGGGAACACUACAACAGGGUCAUCAAGACAACAUGUCACUCUUCUGGCGGAAGGCUGCAGUUCAAACAUGCCCAGGAUAUCAGCCUUGCAGUGCAACUGUUUGAUGCGGCUAAGCAGUUCACAGACAGUUUGUGCACAAGCAAAAGGUCAACCAGUCACACAACCCCAUCCGCAACGAACGACAUCAGGGCCAUCACAAACGUCAUUCUACAGCAUAAAAUCUACACGGAGACACCAGGUCGGACCUUGGAGUGGUCAGACCCUCGCGCUGUGGCUAGGGAAAGAAUCAACGAUGACGGGUGGUUGAUCAACUACUUAUCUCGUGGCGCCACAGAAGCAGAGGCGGAUCAAAACAACACGGAUGCAGCUCCCGAUACAGAGGGCGGGGAGGAAGCCUAUACUGCAUGGGACGAUGAAGAGGCCAACCUCAUGGACUUGGAGCUGUGAAAAGUAUGAGCAGCAGUUGUCAGAGGUUGCCGGCCUGCUUCCCAGGGACUCCAGCAUUGCCGUCCUGAUGCAGGAGUCUCCAGCCACAAACUUCUGCAGGCCCUCCUCCGCUGGUGUCUCUGUCUUUCCUGCAAGUACCAC